AUGCAAAUAGAGGCGCAGACUAUAGCAGACACCGACUCGGACAUUAUCAUGGAUGACACAGUGACCUCCGCAGAGGCACCACCAGAGAAGACAGCAACCCCAAUGACGUCCCCAUCAUCUCCUCCAACCGUAACUGAGAUCACAGAAGCAGUCGACAAAACAACUCUCGAUGACGACAAGCGAGCUCAGGGUCAAGGAAUCGACCAGAAAGACUUGGAAGCAGCAGAACAGGGAGACCCUACCGCUCAGAACAAUAUAGGCGAUCAAUACCGUUUCGGCAAAGGAGUUCCACAAAACUGUACAGUCGCCAUGGAGUGGUACCGCAGGGCUGCGGAUCAGGACGAUCCCAGAGGGCAAUGGAGUGUCGCCCAGUUGUACGACUACGCCCUCGGGGUUCCUUUGAACUACUUGCUGGCGAUGGAGUGGUACCAAAAGGCUGCCGCCAAGGGCUACGCCCCAUCCCUGUGUGCUAUCGGAGACCUGUAUGCGAAUGGGCAAGGGGUUGAGCAGGAUGAUACGACGGCAUGGGAGUGGUAUUCAAAGGCGGCUGAGCAGGACCACGCGGAGGCAGAGUUUCAGAUCGGAGAGAUGUACCGGCUAGGGCAGGGGGUUCUUGUUGACGAGGCAAGCGCUUUGAUGUGGUUCGACUGCGCAAUGGAGCAUGGAGAUGUGGAUGGGUGGGGAGAUUUCACCAGGGCUUCCAUCUACAUCUUUGGCGUUGGUGUCGAAAAAGAUACGACGGUCGCUUUUGAGUGUAUGUUGAAGGCGGCGAAGAAGGGGCAUCUGAAUGCGCAGGUCGCUGUUGGGGCCUGGUAUCAUUCUGGUACGGAAGUCCCCCAAGACUACGGCAAGGCAAUAAAGUGGGUCACCAACCCUGCCACCCAAGGGCUUUCUUCCGCUCAACAGAUGGUCGGGACAAUGUUCUAUCACGGACAAGGCGUGCCACAAGACCAAGCACAAGCGUUCCAAUGGUUGCUCACGGCGGCCAAGCAAGGAUACCAGGUGUCGAUGACAGACGUCGGGCGCAUGUACUGCAACGGCACAGGCGUCGGUCAAGACUACGAACAAGGUCGGCUUUGGCUCACCAAGGCCGCAACUAAAGGUCGCGCACAUGCUCAACGCGAGCUCGGAUUUCUGUAUUUCGAGGGACUCGGCGGACCCGUUGACCAUCCAACCGCAUUCGAAUGGUUCCUUAAGGCCGCCGAACAAGACCACCCCGCCGCCCAAGCCGACGUCGGCAGCAUGUACCGUCACGGACGUGGGGUCGACCAGGACCUGGAAAAAGCCGUAGAAUGGCUCCUAAAGGCCGCCAAACAAGGCCGCCCGAACGCCCAACAAGAGCUCGGCGCCAUGUACUACCUUGGCGACGGUGUUCCCCAGAACCGAUCGCAAGGUUUUCAAUGGUGUCUACAGGCGGCUGAGCAAGGGUAUUCUCAGGCACAGAGCGACGUCGGGGCGAUGUACAGUCUUGGGAACGGAACGUUCCAGAAUUAUAUAAAGGCUGUGGAGUGGUUUAGGAAGGCUGCUGAGCAAGGGCAUGCGCACGCGCAGUUUGAGUUGGGCAAUGCGUAUAUUAGUUAUUAA